AGGGCAGGCGGUGCACCGCGAAGCCAACCCAAAGCAUCGGCCCGCCGCUCUGGCCCCAUCGAUGGGGGCGGCAGCUCUGGGCUCGGCUUCCCGGCCCUUUCUCUCGGCUCUGGAUUAGUGAAACUGGCGACGUGGGACAGUCCCCCAGGCCGUUCCCUGGGCGCUUCCAAGCGGGACUCCGGCGCUCGGUUGGGGAGCGCGACUGCCGAAGGAGAGGGCUGCCUUUCGUGCCUCCUCCCUCCAGGCGUCUUCCCUGAGGAGCAGCGGAGAGGAAGGGGAGCGCAGGGUGAGGCUGAGGAGGCGCGCCGGGAGAGGGAGGCGGACCGGCCGUUGGCCCGCCGCAGGGGCGGGCAGCGCGGCCGGCUGGGGGCGCGAGCUGCGCCUGUUCGGCGGCGCUGUGAGGCGGCCCUUCGGCUUCCAUCCCUGUCUGGGCGGCGACCAGAGCGGGCGGCGGCGGCAGGGUCAUGGCUUUGCUGCGGGCCCGCGCGCUGUACGACUUCAGGUCGGAGAACCCGGGCGAGAUCUCGCUGCGCGAACACGAGGUGCUGAGCCUGUGCAGCGACCAGGAGAUCGAGGGCUGGUUCGAGGGGGUGAACAGCCGCGGCGACCGCGGCCUCUUCCCGGCCUCCUACGUGCAGGUCAUCCGAGCUCCGGCGGCCGAGCCGGCGCUCCCACUGCCCGCGCCGGUCCCAGCCCGCUACGCGAACGUGCCGUCCGGCGGCUUUGAGCCCCUGGCGGCGCCGGCCACCGCCUUCAACCCCCCGCCCGCCCAGCAUCACCAGCUGCCUCCGCCGGCAGCCGAGCCCUUCCAGCUGCCUCCGCCGCCCGUCUCGUCGGGCUUCUCCUCCUUCCAGACUGUGCGCUCCUACGGCGGCUCUUCUUACCAAGCCAGCCAAGGCAGCGACGACGACUGGGACGAUGACUGGGACGACAGCUCUACAGUGGCGGACGAGCCGGGCGUCCUGGGCUGCUCCUACCCGGACUACGAGAAUGCGGCGAUGGGCGGCGGCGGGGCGGGCGGCUCUGCCAGCAGGUAUUCCCUUUCCACCCGGUCCGAUCUGUCGCUGAGCUCCCGGAGCAGCCAGCCUGGGGGCCCCUUGCAUCACCCGGCCGGGGGCGCCAAGAGCUCGGCCACCGUGAGCCGCAACUUGAACCGCUUCUCCACCUUCGUGAAAUCCGGAGGCGAAGCUUUUGUGCUGGGUGAAGCGUCGGGUUUUGUGAAGGACGGGGACAAGCUCUGCGUAGUUCUGGGCUCCUAUGGGCCCGAGUGGCAGGAGAACCCUUACCCUUUCCAGUGCUCUAUUGAAGACCCCACCAAGCAGACCAAAUUCAAGGGCAUGAAGAGCUACAUUGCCUACAAGCUGGUGCCAAGCCACACAGGACAGCAGGUGCAUCGGCGCUACAAGCACUUUGAUUGGCUGUAUGGCCGGCUUGUCGAGAAGUUCCCGGUCAUCUCAGUACCCCACUUGCCAGAGAAACAAGCCACGGGGCGUUUUGAGGAGGACUUUAUCUCCAAGCGCCGCAAGGGCUUAGCAUGGUGGAUGGACCAUAUGUGUAGCCAUCCGGUGUUGGCCCAGUGUGAUGCCUUCCAGCAUUUCCUCACUUGUCCGAGCACUGAUGAGAAGGCCUGGAAGCAAGGCAAGCGCAAAGCUGAGAAGGAUGAGAUGGUGGGUGCUAACUUCUUCCUGACCAUUAGUGUCCCUGCUGGUGUCCCUGCUGCUCUGGACCUGCAGGAGGUAGAAAGUAAAGUAGAUGGCUUCAAAAGCUUCACCAAAAAGAUGGAUGACAGCACCAUUCAGUUGAACCAGACUAUCAAUGAGUUUGCCCGCAAGCAGGUUGCUGGGUUCAAGAAGGAGUACCAGAAAGUAGGACACUCCUUCAGGGGCCUCAGCCAAGCCUUUGAAAUGGACCAACAGGCCUUUUCAGUUGGCCUCAAUCAGGCCAUUGCCUUCACCGGGGAAGCUUAUGAUGCUAUUGGUGAACUCUUUGCAGACCAACCCAGACAGGACCUGGACCCAGUGAUGGAUUUAUUAGCUCUGUAUCAGGGACAUCUGGCCAACUUCCCAGACAUAAUCCAUGUCCAGAAAGGAGCCCUUACCAAAGUGAAGGAAAGUAAGCGGCAUGUAGAAGAAGGAAAAAUGGAAAUCCAAAAGGCUGAUGGGAUUCAGGAUCGUUGUAACAUUAUUUCAUUUGCCACUUUGGCGGAGAUUCACCAUUUCCAUAGAAUUCGAGUCAGGGACUUCAAAUCACAAAUGCAGCAUUUCUUACAACAGCAAAUCAUUUUUUUUCAAAAAGUGACCCAAAAGUUAGAAGAAGCUCUUCACAAAUAUGACAGUGUUUAAUGUUGCUUAAUUAAUAAACUUUACAUGGUGGCUAUUUUUUGAAUUGCAGAUGGAAUAAACAACAGAGGCAAAUGCUGCUCUAAUGACCGUUGGCACCUCUCAGGGUGUUUCGCAAAGCUCUUUUUGUAAUUGUUCUAAAUUCCAGAACUUAAUAAUUGCAUAAGGAGAAAAUAAUUAUGCAUACAUAGCAGAGACUAUACUAUACAUUGUAACUAAAUUAUACCCAAAAUGCCUACACUACCAUCAUAAUGUCUUCUGAAAUAAUUAUACUAUUUGCCUUAUUGCUUUUUUGAAAUAUGGUAUUUUAGUGCAUAUGCUAUAGACCUCACACUGUCGGGGUCUUUAAGGAAGUGGGCUAAUGCCCACUUCAUAUGCCUUUUAAAAAUUCUCUUUGGUUUGAAUUUCUUAAAUUCAGCCAAUUCUCUGUUUACAAAUUUCUAUUAGAGCAGCUAUGCGAUUUUGUGCCUUUAGCAUUUUUCAUUUUUUUUCUAGUAAAUGACAUUUUUAUGAUUGAAGGGUUGGCACAUCUGACAGGGCUUGAUUUCAAACCUCACAGUGACUCAAAAAUAACUAGUUCUGUAACUUGCACACUAGAUACUAUGAAAAAUGUUGGUAAAACAACAACAAAAUUUAAAAUCAUUUUAGAUUCUGUGUUGAUUAAAAACACUAUUUAUUAUUUUUACCAGAAUAUUAAGUACACAAGCAACAAUGCAGCAUUGCUGUAUUUUCUUUCUUAAUGUGUCAGCAUAAGAUCUUUCCGUGUAAUACAUCUUUGGAUAGAAACUUGGACCAUUUAUCUAAUAAAAGGAUACUGAAUUAUAUCAGUGGGAUACGACUAGAAGUUCAGUGAGUAAUGCUUGCAUGCAUGUGUCUGUGGUUUGGAAGAUUUUUCUGGCUAUUGAUUUGUUUGAUUCUAAACAUGGGCCCACAUUGCCAGGAAUCAUUACUGUUCAGCGAAGUUAUUUGUUGGUUAGAAGAAAAUACAUGUAUAUGAACGUAUCUUAUGCUCAUGAUUCCUGUUCUUUAGAGGGUUAAGUGUUAAUUGAGGCCUUGAAACAAUGAGAAAAGGUAUUUUACUUAACUUCAUUUUCUCAAAUCUAUAACUUUCAUACCUUCUAUCACUUUACUUCUCAUUUUAAUAGUAGCUGAGAGAAGUCUUUAGAAUCAACCUAUUUCUGUAUUGUUAGAAUGCUUUCUGAAUGUGUUCUGGAACCUGAUACAUCCACUAGGUUUUAGUAAAUCAAUUUAAUUAGAGCCCUACAAGUUUGUUUAUACUAGUCUGUUAAUCUACUGCAAUACAAAAUUUUUUUAAAAAGAAUUUACUGAAUAAUAUAUCCAAUUCAACUCACUUGAAGAAUAACAUCUAGUUAUUUCCCUACUGCAUAGAUAUGGCAUAUUUAAAUUGGUUGUAAAUUUAGAAAAAUGAUAUUCUCCUGGAUUGAUCCUGUCCAGAUGUACAUCUGCAUAUAGUUGGAGAAAAAAAUUCACACCAUACAUUGAAGUUGCUCCAGUCUUCCUGCUUGAAGUUUCAGUAGCAACAUAACAAUAUACAAGCAUGGAGAUUGGUGGCCUGGGCCCAAAUAUUUUUUUUAUUUUAAAACUUUUUUAAGGAGAGUAAGCCUUUAUAUUUUUAUUCCAGCAUUUUAAAAUAUAAUUGGUAAAAUUCUAGAAAAAUACCUAGCUAAUUAUGCAGAAUCAAGAUAACUUUGACUUUCUGCAUGUUGACUAAAACAUGUAAUUUUAUGCUGAUUAUAAAAAAUGUUAAGACUUUCUUAAGUUAAGCUUGACUCCUGUUGAUUGAAUCUAUGAAGUUUGUUAACAGUGCCAUUGCAUCACUUUUAGUUUUGUUUGUUUGUUUUGUUUACAUCUGUACCUGGCCAACUGCUCUGAAUUUUUCAGAUAAUCUUCAUUUCCAGAGAAAGAACUAGCCAACUGAAAAUGGCUCUACGAAAAAGUGGAGCCAACGACCAGAGUGGAAUGAAGAGCCAGUGAAUAGACUGGCUAUUUGUAAUUCCUCUGUGGACAAGGAGAGGACUUGGGAUCAGUCACAAAGACUACAAAGAGUUGUUCCCUGUGAGGUGAUUGCAACACAGUGGUCAGGCUUAGAGUUCUGGGAGAUGGGGCAAGUCACUUUGCUCAAACCACAGUUGAUGCCUUUCAAAGGAAACUGAGUUUGUGACAUUCCUUUUUUAAUCACAUUCAAAAAUACUUUAUUAACUACUUUUCAGCAGUGAGGUAUUGAGGGACUUUCUCAAAUAUUUCUGCUGCUCUUCUGUUUCCGUUGUCUUUUUAUUUGCUGAAAUGUAUUUUCAAAAAAUUGAAUUAAAAAAAGUUCUUCAAGGAGGGGCAGUCAGAUAAUGGGGAAAGAUUUUGCCUUGUUUUUAAUUUCCCUCAAUAAAGUAAUAUGAAUAUGGAAUGUAUGAAGUAGGAAUCAUAUUAGCACAAAUGAACAAGUGUUGCAGUUUUACUUGUCCAAGAAAAUGGUGUCUGGUCCCAGCAUUCUAGAUAUAUAUACGCAUUCUAUAUUGUGCUUGUCUAAAUACAAAAGCUUAUGUAGCUUUUUUUGGGGGGGGAGAAAAUAUAGCAGUUCUUAUUCUCCCAGAUUCUCAUUCUUCCUGAUGCUAAUCAUUAAGGAAGUGAAGCAUUUUGAUUAAAGACAACAGUGAAACUCAUCAGUAAUUCCUACAGUCUCAUUGAAGGGCUUGUCAUGUGAAUAUCUUCCAUAGAUAAAUUCAGAUGUAUAUGUCUAUACCAACUAAUACAUAAAUAUGCAAAGCAGAUUUAAAAUCUGCCAGUUGAAGUUCCACCCCCGUUUGUGAGCAUUGUAUGCAUAGGGGAGUUGGGCCACUGAUUGCGCAAUGUUUGCCAUCACCUUGACUGGUCACCACUACAUCAAAACAAUAUCCUCAGCCACCACUAUUGCCAAUGUUUUUAAAUGUAGAGAGAUAUUGUAUAUCAUUUUAAAAACAUUGGUAAUAGUGAUGGCUGAGGAUAUUGCAUAUCUCUUUGCCUCAAUAUGAAAAGAUGUCUGUGUUACAAUUUUAAAAGGCCAAACUAUCGAUAUAGAUUUAUGGCAAAGAAAACAUUUUUUAUUUUUUUUACUAAAACAAAUAUGCUAAUUUUAUAUGUGAAUUUGUUCAUGAACAACUUUAAACUGUAAUUGUUUUGUUUUAGUAUGAUAUAUGGCCUUACUCUAUUAGAAUAGGAUUAUGUGUUUGAAUUAGGUGAUUCUGAAUUGUUCUACAAAUCAUCAUCAUCAUUAGGGCUUAUGCAGAGCACAUUGAGCAGCAAGUGUUUUCCAGCAGUUUUGAUCAUUCACGGUAUCUUUGGCAUCGUCCCAAGGGACAUUAAUAAUUUUAAGAUCUUAAGUGUUUGGCGCCAAGUUUUCCAAGGCCAGCCUUGUUUUCUUUUUCCUGCAGGAGGUAUCCAACAUAGUACAAUUUUUGGAUGCUGGGUUUUAGGCAUGUGUUAAGAUAUUGCCAACAAGCCGCACACAAUGUUAAUACACAUUUCUAAACUUGAUCUUUGUAGUAUCUCUUCGUUAGUGAUAUGGUCAUUAUGUGAGACACAGAGAAUUCGUCUCAAGUGGCAUUGUUGGAAAACAUUUAACCAUUUAAUCAUCUUAGUUGUAUACUUCCAUGUUUCACAAGCAUAUAUUGCAGUUGGUAUCACAACACUUGAAAAGUUUUAUCUUUGUGGUAAUAUAUUAAUGGCUGCUGUAGACCAAAUUGGAUGCAUGCGUUGAAACACGACUGCUGCCAUUCCAAUUCGAUGGUUAAUGUCCUUAUCUGUACCUCCAUCAGUAAACAUAAUGCUACCAAGAUAAAUACAUUUAUGUUCUACAAAUUAUGGUUUAAAAUGCUUGAUAUUAUCUGAGAACUACAUCAGUCCAUUCAGAUGAAAGAAAGGCAUCACCUGAUCUGAAGAUCUGAAAUGACAGUGAAAUAACUAUGAAGAACAGGUUAGAAGGCAAUAUAGCACAUGAGUAAAAAAAAAAAAAAAAAAAACUUCCCUUGAAUUUUAUGGUAAUAGUUUGGUAACUAUUGCUCAAGUAUUUCAAAUGACUCUUUAAGUUACAUAUUUGUGUAACUUAAGAAAUAAUUUAAACAAUUGUUUGGAAGUACUGAUCUGAUUUGUUGCUGUUAAUAUAUUAAAUAAUCUUUGUCACUGGAUUUUUUUUUCAGAAACUAGAUGUUAUAUGCAUUUAGAAUUGAUAAGGAGAUAAAUGGGAAUACGUAUGCAGGAUAUUUACUUAGUUUUGGAAUAGGAAGGUAUAUAACUGCAUUUCUCAAUUGCUGCUACUUUCAGUAGAAUUCUUUAAAAUACCAGUAACCACAGGCUAACCCUUGUCCAGAACUUCUUGUUUCUUUUCAUGGUAAAUGAUCAACUUUCCAUACUGAGUUUUUUCUCCCCCUAAACAUUUAGUGUUGUAGUUUGUUUAUUUUUAACUUAUAAUGAUGGGUGAAUCCACUCAUUAUGGUAUAGCAUUAUGUGCAAACCAUGACAAUUAGUUUUAUUCAGUGAACUGUUCUUUAAAAAAAUUGUAAAAGCAGCAUGAUGAUAAUGCAGUGUUGGAUUAUUUCUUUUUAAUUAUUGAUUUGUUUCUAAAAUAUUUACAUGGUUGUCAAUGUUAGCCUUAACUUUCCACAGUUGCAGUUUAGGGACAAGCGCUCUCAAAAUCAUAAUGUAACAUAAUAUUGUGCACUUAAGCCACCUGAACAAUUUUAUUUAAGCACAUUAACUGGGUUGAAUAGUACCUUUAAAGAGUUCUGUUAUCAGUCUGUUAAAAUUUUCAAAUUCUUAUCUGUCAGCUUAUUUCAGAUACGUAUUUUUUGUUAGAAACCUUUAGCUUCUAAAUAUCCUUUUGGUUUAGAUUUGUUCAAAUAACUUCAGUUCUCAAAAUCAAGUGGUAAUCAAGAAGCAGUGUUUCUUAAAUGUACUCACCUUUUUCUGAUAUUAGAGUGCAAGACCUAAAAGAUGCAGUCUUCAGACAUCUAAAGAAGGAGAUUCUCUUAUAUUUUGUCCAGCCUCUCCUUUGAAACUACAAUGCUUUCUGUCAAGGAGACAACUUUAAAACUUGAAUGCACUAUGUUUCUAUAAAUUAAUACAAAUAUUGAUAAUAGACUAUAGAUUGGCCUAUUGAACUAGACUGUAAUUUUAUCAUGGUUUGCUGAACAAGCCAUAAUAACUUGGUUCAUGUAUAACACCAAGCUAUAAAAUGUGUCAAACCCUUUUCACUACUAAACCAAAAUGAAACAACAGGAGUUACUAUGAUGUACUGAUUAGCCCAAAGUACUACAGUAGUUCUCUUUGAGACUGUGGAUUAUUUAGGAGACAAUUCAAUGUGACAAAAUGUUUUUUUUCACUUUGCUUUGUAGAAUAUUGAUCUUUGUGUUUUUAUUUGACAUGGCUGUAGUUGGUACAUGCAUAUUUCAUACCUGAUUUAGCCCUCAGAAUACAAUAAAAUGACCACACAAAUAUAAACAAAAAUCUAAUGCUAUGCAUGUCUAGUCAAAAGGGAUUUUCAUCAAAUUCAAAGGGAUUUUCUUCAAGGAACCAGCAUACAACUGCAGCCUGGAAUUGAGGCAAUUGCAUUUUGAAAUAUCUAGAAUACCCUCUAAGAGUCUGUGAUCUUCUUGUUAUGAUCCACCCAUAGAAAAGCUGUGUUACUUAAUUUUAAAUGAAUAGUUACCCAUCCUGUUCUCUUGGAAUGUGGUUAAAGUAAAAUAAUUCAACUAACAUCCAUUCACUGAUGUCAAGGUUUUUCUAUCAGGGUUUCAGAUAGUUGAGAAAAGAGGAAUUACUGGAAAAAACAAAUAGGUCUGGGUAACUCUCAAAGUUCCAGUUUAAUUUUGAACACUCCCUAACUAAACUAAUUCUAACUUUAAAAAAGAAAUCUAACAUUAUGAUAUCUUGUGAUUUUUUCCUAAAGUUUCUGAUCAUUAAAAACCAAUUGUCCUGCCACUGUACACUUACAUAAAAUUUUCUGAAUAUAAAAUGUAUGCAACAAGAAUCAGAUUUUAUGACACAGUUUGGUUUCCUGCAUUCCUCUGUUGGCAGUCCUCCAACUAUAAGUUCCUAUGUGGAAAAAAAUCAGGAAGGUAUUGUAGCAGCUUGUUCUCCAAUACUCUGAUUAUUUUCUCCUGUGUUAAAUAACAGUCACCAAGAAUCACAUUUACUGUGCAGUGCUAGUAGAAUCAACAUUAGGCAGAAGUACUUAGACUUUGAAAAUAGUUUCAUUCAAAUGGAAUCCAUUAUCUCAUUUCUUUCAUUAGAAUACCCCUGCUUUUUUAUAAUAAUGAUCUUUGGGUUACCUACUAGUCUAAAGGACACAAGGAAUAUUUUAUAUCCUUGUCUGUAUUAUCAUAUACACGAUUGUGAUGGAGGAAGAACACGUCUAGACAUGCAUAUUUAAUAAAGGCCAAUUCAAUUAUAUUUAUGUGUAACUGUUGCACCUAGGUUUUUUUCAAAACUUUACAGGUGCAAUAAUGUUAGUAUUACUAUUAUCAUUUGAGGUCAAAAGAUAAUCCAUAUGAAGGUGAAUGAAGCUAAAUUAUAUUAAGAACAAUUGGAUUUAUUAUAUUAAUAAUUUAAUCAUUUUAAUAAUUUAAAUCCUUUAUUUUUAUUCUGUUAAUUGAGAGCCUUUUAUCAAUAUACAGUUAUUCUACUAGCAUAGUGUUGGAAAUCUCAGUUCAGAAAUAUAUGUUAUCAGUUUCUCAGUUUUUCCCCAAAUUGAAAUACAUUUGGGAAGAAUCUUAACCAGACCAUAUUUUGCCUAGUGGGAAUUUUCAGAUUAGUUAGGUUGUAUUGCUAGUUCCACAAAAUAAAAACAACAUGAAAAAUAUUUUAUUGGGCAACUUCUAAUUUAGGAAUAUAUAGAUUUUUUUAGAAAUAUUUUACAAGUCCAAUGAAUCAUGUUUGUUUCCCAGUUUCAUAUGUUUCUUACAUUAGACGUUCAGAUAAAACUGGCUUAAUCUGCAUCUGAUGUUAAUGGAAUAUAAAAAGUGCUGUAAUCACUCAAUUUCGCAGAAUGUUACAAGAAUCUACAAGAUCUCUAUAUUGCCUCAGGUUCUUCCUUAUCUUUUUUUAGUAGACAGUCUGUUCAGGAGGCAGAUAGAAUAGCUGUAAGUGUCUUGGAAACAUUAGGAGUCCAUUGCCUAAAAUAAUGUAGUCAAUUCCACUUCAAAGGAAGGGAAAUCAAUAUGCUUUGUGUUUGCCAUUGAAUCUCCUGGCAAACUCAUACAGAACUAUAAUAUACAGUAUCACUUCAAACAGAAUUUGCAGGCCAUUGGAUGCCAAUGAGCAUGUGAAGCAUGCUUGAUUUCAGAAAAAUAAUGUUUUGUAUUUAGGCCCUUUUGAAUUCUAAUUUUUGAGCAAAAAAACUAUUGAUUGGGGCAGUAUAAAUGGCAUUUGGCAUAGUUCUUACUGUGAUGAUAAUACCUCCUAGGUCUCAGGUAGCUGUAAUUGCUACCUUUUAUUCUAAAACUUUUUUAAAAAAUUGUUAAUUAUCUCUUGAGUUAUUUGAUGAGAAAUGUUAUGAACACAUUGUAGAAUUAUCAAAAAGCUUGCCAUAAUAAAAUUAUAGCUUUAUUACACAAAACCUAAAAGUAACUAUUUUGGAGA